ACAGAGCAUGCAGAUAGUAUUUUGUCAGUUGUUUUAAAUGGGAGGUAGUGUAUUUAGGACGAUUAAGUAUAUUUGCUGAUCGUGUUUUUCUAAUGUUUUCUAAGAUUUUUGCUAGUUUGAUGUACUGGAAAAUUGCCACGUCGCGUGAAUUUUGAAUUAAUUAAUUUAUUCAUUGAUUGAAAGAUGUCAAUCUAUGCUGGUGGUGUGUCUCUCCAAGAAACUGCAGAAGUAUUGACGAAUCUUCGUAUUGGGCAGGAGAUGGAAGCAGUUGACGAUUUCUAUGAUAGCAAUGCUAACACUAUGUGCGGAGCAUCACAAAAAGGUGAUUCUAAGCUACAGGGCAAAUGUGAUAACAGACACGAGCGCCCCAAGUUUAGUGCGAAAAAGGUCACGAUAAAUAUUGCAGAUGAUGCAAAGUGCAAAACUACGCGUGCAGGCGCAGUUAAAGAUCUCAUGAACUGUAUAGCGUUUCAGAAAGAACGUGAUGAAUUCAAUGACGACGAAAGAACUUCGCCAGAUUUCUUGAGUACAGACACUUCGUCGGAUGUAACAGAUGUUACGCCACGUUCCACAACCAGUGGUUGUUCUUCGCUGUCAAGAUCAGAAGAAAGCAGGGAAAGCCGUAAAAAAAUCACGGAGCAUUCCCACAGUAGUGAUGCUGAAAGAAAGGAGGAGAAGAAACCAGUACAUACACUGAGGUUUUUGAGAGAAGUAUUGGAUAGUACAAACCCCGAGACAGUUGAUCGAAAUAAUGGUGCAACACCUAAACGAAAACCUGUUAUUUGUAAGAACAUGACGUUUUCAAAGGAUCAAGUAAGAAAAAUUGAUAGAGAGAACCAAAUUUUACUAAGGAAGAUAGAAGCAAAUUUCAAUAGACGCCCAAAAUGUCCAACUACAUCAGCACCACAGCGUCCUAGGCUUUCCAGUUCAGCUGUUAAUAGACAAAGGUCACAGAAAAAAAUUGCACAAGACAACUUAACGUUACUAAAAAAAAUUGAAUGUGUUAAAAGCACCAUCAGUGCAAGAGUCAGUGUACGAAAGGUUUGACAAUAGAUUUUGUGAUUUUUGUUUGGAUUUUCCUCAUAGCCAGUGUACAAAUUACUACAGUCAAGUGAAGAGUAUAUUUUGUAAUUUUUUGUAUUCUAGUCAAAUUCAGGAAGUAUAGGUGAAUGUACAUAUAUUUUAUACAAUAUUUUUGAAAAAUAUAUUUAUAUAUCUCA